CCGAACUUUAGAUUCCCGACAGGCAAACAAACACGUAAUCGAGCUCGGGUCUGUGUUCUCUCUAUCGAUCGAUCUCGGUGCGAUUUCGUUUGUAGAGGCAGCAGUACUAGGGCAGAUUUCGAGCUUUCUUUCCGGUUCUCACCCUCUGCCUUGCUUAAGGAAUCGUUGGGUUCUUAUGAAACGCUGUUAGGGUUUUCGGUGGUUGAAGAAGAGGAAUGUCGUCUUCUUCAGUGAUUACACCGGAGGAUGUUCUCGAAUCUCUGAUGAACGAUGGAACCAUCGAUGCCCUUCGAUUGAAGAUCAUCAACCAGCUCAAAGCCAAUGAGGAGUUGAAGAACACAACAAUCAAGAUGGCGGAGCAGAGCAAAGUUCUUAACACGCCCGGCGCUGAGAAACAGACCAAACGAGAACUGUUCGAUGCACUUCGACAGGAGCUAGAAGGUCCGGUGCUGGAGAAGGCGUCAAAAUCAGUUUGGGAGUUGAUUCUCGACAACAACGGUUUAGGAAAAGAGAUCAGCGAAACGGUAGAACGGGUAUUUUGUCGUCUAAGCGGACAAGAACCUCCAUUGUUUUCUACGGCAAGUGCUGAAAAACCGGUGGAGAAAGAGAAAGGGAAAGACAGAGAGAUGGAGAAGAAGGAGAGUGGUAAAGAUAAUAGCUCGAAGUCCAGGCCGAAGAAAAGAAGCAUAAGUGAGGCGAAUUCCUCGGAAAGUACCGAUGAAGUAGCGACAACGAGGAAGAAGCAAAGCGAAUCUCCGAGCAUAACCGAAGAAUCUCGGAGAUCGCCUCAUUCAGGUGCGCAUGGAUGAUGGUUUUACUUUUAUCGGUGUCUGAUCCAUGUGACAGGCUCAUCAGAAGUAUCUGUUGUUACAUGAACAAAGGAAGAACAUUUACAGAUUUUGUAAUGGGAACUCCUUGUGUACUUUGCUGUUACAGCUUUAUUAAAUCUUUACUUGUUCCAACUCAAA